AUGCUUGAUGAAUUAGAAUUAUUGAUUGGAAAAAAAUUAGCAAAUUUAAAUUCUCUCAAUCCAAUUGAUAAGAAUUCGCAAAAUGUUGUCUAAAUACCACUCAAAUAAAAUAACAAUAAUGUUAAUCUCAUUUUUCAAAUUGAUAAGCCUAAAGAAAUUACAAAUCAAAUUAAAGACUUAUGUUCAUUUAGACCUAUGCUUCAAGAAAAUCACUUAAAAUUGCUCAAAAAUUAGGAGAUGCCAAAGAAAGAUUAACUAAACCUAGAUCAAUCACACCUGAAAUUAAAGAAUAAUCUUAAUCAUAAACUAGAAAAAGAACUAUUUCAGGUCUUGCUCCUAGAUGGGAAUAAUUAUAUACAUUAGAUUAAUUUUAUAAAUCUAAAAAGCAAUAAUUGAAACUUCAAUUAAAAUUAGAAAGAUCAAAAGAAAAUGAAACUACAUUUUAACCAGAUAUUUCCAAAAGUUAAACUAAAUAUUGUGAUUUUACUAUGCCAUUUCAAUAAAGAAAUACAUAUUGGGAAACUAAAAAAUAAGAAUAACUUAUUUAAUAUUAAAAAGAUGUUUAAAAUGAAAGUUAAUCAUUAUGUACUUUUAAACCAUAAGUAAAUAAAAAUAUUGCACAAAAUAGCGUUAAAGUAUCAGAGUUCAAUAAAAAAGGACUUAUAACAUAUUUUGAAAGAAUUUAAUAAGCAAAUAAGAUAAAGAGCAACCAAAAAAACCUUCAAAAUGGAAACCUGGAGUUAUAGAUAAAUAUGAUUUCAAUAAAAAUUACCAUAUCAAAUAUAUAAUAAUUUUAUUUCAUAUCAUUUUUAUUUAUUUUAUACUAUAAAUUUUAACAUAAUGUUUUUCUCUCUAUUCCAAAAUAUACUUAUGUAUAAAUAUUGAAUUUUAUUUAUAAAAAUUUGGCUGUUAUCGUUCUAAUGCAAUAAUUUCAAGUAUAAAAGACAAAACAAACGAGUGCAGGCAUUCCUAAUGAAUAAUAUGAAUUUUUAUUGAGUUCUCCUUUUCACAAUGUAGAAAACAAGGGUUUAAUUUCAAAUACUUCAAGAUAAUUAGAAAGUAAUAAAAUAUCAGAAACAUCUAUAAAAUAUCUCACAUAAACUCCAAGAGGUUCUGAAUAUAAUAUUUAGUUCAAAGUUGGUGGAGUUAAGGAAAUUUAAUAAUAGAAUCAAACUAAUUCAAUUAAUUCUUAAGUAAUGCUAAUUACUCCUUUAAGUCCAUAAUCACAUCGUGAAAAUGUAUAUAUAUUUUAGUCUCCUUAAAGUAGUAGAAUAAUACAUCAAUAGUUUUCCUCUCCUUAAUAAUAAUAAUUGUAAUUUUUAUCUCCUAAUAGAGAAUAAAAUUAAAUUAACUAAUUUUAUUCUCAAAAUCAACCACAUUUUUCCAGAUCUCUUUCCUUUGUUUAAUUUAACUUAUAGAAUUCAUAAAAAAUAAUUAAUUUUACUAACACUACUUCUCUUUAAGAAGAAUUGAAAUCAUUAAAAAUAUUAAAUACAAAUAUUACAUAAGAAAUAUAAAAAUUGGAAUCUGAAGCAUUUAGAGGAUAGUCAGCUCAAUUUAUUAAAGAAUUAGAAGACAAGAUAAAACUAUUAUCUUAAAUGAAUAAGAAGUUAUAAAUUGAUAAUACUCAAUUAAUAAAUGUUCCUGAUAAGUAAGUUCUGAGAGAAUUGAUUUUGAAGUAUUAAAAUGAUAGGAAAAUGGCUUAUAAUUAAUUAAGUUUAGUGAAGACCAAUAUUCAGAACUAUAAAUUAAAGUCUGAAGAACUUAAUUAAAAACUUCAAAAUAAUGAUACUAAAAAUAUAAAUAAUUUAAUUUAGGAAUUAGAGAAUACAGUGUAAACUCUGAUAAUAGAAAAUGAUAGAAUAAAUGUAUAAUUAAAAAAUGGAGAAAAAAUAAUGAGUACGGUUUUAAAAUAGAAAAAUGAAAAUGAAUAAUUAAAGUAGAAAUUAUAAAGGUUUAAAAGAGAUGAAGAAAAUGUAAAAAAGAAAUGUUCAAAAGCAGAAAAGAAGACUAAUCAUUAAGUAGAAUGCUUUUAAAAAUUAUAAUUAUUGUAGGAUGAAAAUAAGAGUUUAAAGUAAAUGAUUAAGGAUUCUGAAUUGAAAGAGGAAGAUUUAAAUAGUUUAUUACAGAAAGUAUAAUUUCAAAAUAAUUUAGAUUUCGGUCAUUCGUAAAGAUAAUCAUAGGAUGAUGAAGUAAUUGAAUUGUAAAUUAUGA